GUUUGUCUUAAAAGCUCCCCGACAGAAUGCGCGACCUCGUGGGGCCCCCGCCGUGUGUUUUACGAGAGUCCGUGAAAUACGGUGUUCCCCCAGACUGAUGAACAUAGCUACCAUUGUUUGAGCUGUAUGCUUCAAUCAUGAGUAACGUAGCUACUAUAAAAUUGGAAGAGGGACAAGAAUCUGUCACCGAGAUACAAACUUACUUGGAGACAUUUAAUAAAGAGAUUGAGGGUGGACAAGGCGAACAGUUGCAACAUGUACAAUUGCAACAAGUGGAAGGAUUAUCUGGUGGAGAAGAGGGUGGGACAUACUUCGUCGAUCAGUCUGGUCAAUAUUAUUACCAGGCAAAUAGUGACGAACCGCCUGUAAUGACACAGGUACAAAUACAGGAAGUAGAAGAGACUGAUGUACAAAACGAAGGUGAUGCAACUCAAGAUGAACAAUUUCAAGAAAUCGAGGAACUUGAAAAUGCUGAAGGUGAUGAAGACGGACAGGUCAACGGUGAAAACAAUCAAGUUGUAAUUAACUCUGGCGAUGCAUAUCAAACUGUCACGAUUGUACCAUCCGAUACAAAUCCUGGAGAAGUUAGUUACGUUUUGAUAGUUCAACAACCUGAAACCGAAGAGAAAGAAAGUAAAUCUACGGAAGAUGAUGCAACGACAGUAGCAGCAGCAGCAGCUGCUGCUGCUGCACCCGCUGACGGAGAAGAAGCAGAAGGUGAACAAGAUCUCACUGUAUAUGAUUUUGAAGACAAUGAAGACAAUGAGGCUCCAGUUGAAUCUGAGGCAGAAGAUGACAAAACUAAAAUUAUUAAGUUCCUCCCAAAGAAAUCUCAAACCGUAACUCAAGCUCAUAUGUGCAACUAUUGCAACUAUACUAGCCCAAAACGAUACCUUUUGUCACGACAUAUGAAAUCGCACUCAGAAGAAAGGCCACAUAAAUGUAGUGUUUGUGAGCGAGGAUUUAAAACGCUAGCUUCACUUCAGAAUCAUGUUAACACUCAUACUGGGACCAAACCUCAUCAUUGCAAAUAUUGCGAGAGUGCAUUUACAACUUCUGGUGAACUUGUAAGACAUGUUCGCUACAGACACACCCAUGAAAAACCACAUAAAUGUCAUGAGUGCGAUUAUGCAUCUGUCGAAUUAUCAAAACUGAAAAGACAUAUUAGAUGCCAUACUGGCGAACGACCUUAUCAGUGUCCACAUUGUACAUAUGCAAGUCCGGAUACAUUUAAACUAAAACGUCAUCUUCGCAUUCACACUGGAGAAAAACCAUAUGAAUGUGAUUUUUGUCAAGCAAGAUUUACUCAAUCCAACAGUUUGAAAGCACAUAAAUUAAUACAUAAUGUAGGUGAUAAACCAGUAUUUCAAUGCGAGUUAUGUCCCGCUACAUGUGGCAGAAAAACAGAUCUUAGAAUUCAUGUGCAAAAGUUGCAUACUUCAGAUAAACCAUUAAAAUGCAAACGUUGCGGAAAGACAUUCCCAGACAGAUAUAGCUAUAAGUUGCACAGUAAAACUCACGAAGGAGAAAAGUGUUACAAGUGCGACCUUUGUCCAUAUGCAUCUAUAUCGGCGCGUCAUUUGGAAAGUCAUAUGCUUAUUCAUACCGAUCAGAAACCAUAUCAGUGUGAUCACUGCUUUCAAUCAUUUAGACAAAAACAAUUACUCAAACGGCAUUGCAAUCUCUAUCAUAAUCCUAACUAUGUUCCUCCAGCACCACAAGAAAAAACGCAUCAAUGUCCUGAAUGUGAAAGAGCAUUUAGACAUAAAGGUAAUCUUAUUCGUCAUAUGGCCGUUCACGAUCCAGAAUCGUCUCUGCAAGAAAAACAGCAAGCUUUGAAAAUCGGUAGACAGAAGAAGAUACAAAUCAUUGACGGUCAACGUGUUGAAGUAAUGACAGGUGAUUUAGCUUCUAAACUUAAAGGUUAUGAAGAUGAAGAAGAGGAGGAAGAUGAGGACGACAUGAUGGCGGUUCAAGGUAGUGAUGGCCAGCAAUACGUUGUGUUAGAAGUAAUUCAGUUAGCGGAUACUCAAGGAACUGAUCAGAUGGCUGUUGUCGCAAGUGAAGAUGGAGAAUUAGUAAUGCAAGAUCCUUUAACUCAAGACAGUAGCAUAGUAACAGGAACAGGAGAAGAAAUUGAUGAAGUAGAAGAAGAUAUGGAGUUGCAUGACCUAAAGAUAGAACCCUCUACUCCAUCAAAAUCAUCAGCACAAAAUUCACAACAUGAUCCUAAAUUGCAAAAAGAAAUGGAAACCUGUUUCGGGUUUGAUGAGGAAGAAGAAGAAGAAGAAGAAGAAGAAGAAAGUGGUAAUAAUAUAAACAUAUUACAAACAAUUUCGUAAUAACAAAUAUAAAGAAAGAAGAUGUACCUAUUCAAUAGUCCAAUGUUUCACUUCUGUCCCAGUGUUAGUGUAAUAUCCUUAAAAAAUAAGGAAAAUUAGACAAUAAGAGCCAAAGCACUUGACAAUUUUCCUUAUUUAUAUUGUAAAUCUAUUAUAAUUAGUUAUAAAACAAAAAUUAUUAUAAAGUCAAGAAAACUAUAUAUAUAUUGUGUAUAAUAAAACUGACGCAGUGUAUUAUCAUCUAAAAAUACUUUGCAUAGCUCUAAUAGGGAGCUGCAGUGUGAUUUACAUGCAUGGUACAAGAACUUUUUUUGCCGUUACUAGGUACACAUAAUAAUUUAUGAAAAUAUCGUAGUUUUGGUCUAUAGUAAAAUAUCAAACAAAUGUACAAUUAUGGAUAGUGUAAAAUAUGAUUUACGUUAUUGUCAAUAAGAAAACUUCUUAAU